UCUACGUAGACCUAUUGUGCUUACAGAAUACGAUACCUUCCUGCCUCCUGACCUGGUUCCCUGGACUCCCGUGAGACCCUUAGGCUUACGAUCCUUACAUGGACAAUGCAACAAAUAAUGAUACAAUGAUCAAGGAGCUUUCGAAAAAGCUGAAAGAGGAGCAUGAGAUAAUAUGGGACCCUAGGCGACAUAGAUUACGGUGUAACGGCCAUGUGAUCAACCUCGCUGUUUAAGCUUUUCUCUUUGCAAGUGAUGAGGAGGACCUCUCACUGGAUAAUAAUACGGAGCUAUUGUCGUCGCCGACAGAAAUAGAGAUGGAGCAGUGGAGAAAGAAAGGUCCACUUGGUAAACUACAUAACAUUGUAGUUUAUAUCCAACGCAGCCCACAACGUAUCGCCAGCUUUAAGUUGAUGAGCAAUAACCUAUGUUUGUUGAGAGAUAAUUCAACACGUUGGAAUAGCUGGUAUUCAAUGCUACAACGGGCGCUACGGGUACAACAUGCUAUAGAACUGUUCUGCAUAAAAUUCGAGGAGAAUGAGAAUGACCUCCUUUCACAAGGGGACUGGCAGGACCUUCGAAAUAUGGCCUGUAUUCUCAAGAACUUUGCAGAUGCAACACUUGCUACAGAAGGUUAUGCCUCGAGCAUUGAUUUGGGCUAGGAAAGAGGGAUAGGCAGAGACUUGGGUUUAGGAGGAACUAGAAGCAGGGGCGCUGUUGCAGAGGCAACACAGUAGGGGCGUGUUGGAACUGCGUUCCUGGUAGUACGCUGCACAUGCGUAGCCUGUAUACCAACGUGUAUAUAUAGG